GUUCCAGGAUCUGCCAUGAAUAUUCCUUUGGGUAGAGUUUACCGCCUGCUGUCCAGCAACUCCCUGGCGCCGGUGAAACGGCAACCACAGGACACCAUUCCUCUAAUGAUUCCAACCUCUGAAUCCAAGGCACAACAGAAGAACCUGGAGGGGUAUGUGGGUUUCGCCAACCUCCCCAACCAAGUGUACAGGAAGUCUGUGAAGAGGGGCUUUGAGUUCACACUCAUGGUAGUGGGCGAGUCUGGUCUGGGGAAGUCUACGCUGAUAAACUCGCUCUUCCUCACAGACCUCUACUCAUCCGAGUACCCCGGACCCUCUCACCGCGUCAAGAAGACCGUGCAGGUGGAACAGUCUAAGGUGCUGGUCAAAGAGGGAGGUGUCCAGCUGCUUCUCACCAUAGUGGACACCCCUGGCUUUGGAGAUGCAGUGGACAACAGCAACUGCUGGCAGCCUGUGAUUGAUCACAUUGACAGUAAGUUUGAGGACUACCUGAACUCUGAGUCUCGUGUGAACCGGCGGCAGAUGCCAGAUAGCAGAGUGCAAUGCUGUCUGUACUUCAUCGCCCCCUCUGGCCACGGACUGAAGCCUCUGGAUAUCGAGUUCAUGAAGCGGUUACACGAGAAAGUCAACAUCAUCCCCCUCAUCGCCAAAGCUGACACACUCACGCCAGAAGAGUGCCAGGAGUUCAAGAAACAGAUAAUGCGAGAGAUCCAGGAACAUAAAAUUAAGAUCUAUGAGUUCCCAGAGACAGAUGAUGAGGAGGAGAACAAGCUGGUCAAGAAGAUCAAGGAUCGUCUCCCUCUGGCCGUCGUCGGUAGCAACACCAUCAUCGAAGUGGAUGGGAAGCGAGUGAGGGGGAGGCAGUACCCCUGGGGCGUGGCUGAAGUGGAGAACAGCGAGCACUGUGAUUUUACAAUCCUCAGAAACAUGCUCAUCAGGACCCACAUGCAGGACCUAAAGGACGUGACCAAUAAUGUCCACUACGAGAACUACCGCAGCCGCAAGCUUGCAGCCGUCACCUACAACGGUGUGGACAACAACAAGAACAAGAGUCAGCUGACCAAACCUGACACAUCUGACGACAUGAGUCCUCUUGCCCAGAUGGAGGAGGAGAAAAAGGAGCACGUGACGAAGAUGAAGAAGAUGGAGAAUGAGAUGGAGCAAGUGUUUGAGAUGAAGGUCAAGGAAAAGCUCCAGAAGCUCAGGGACUCCGAGGCUGAGCUCCAGCGCCGUCACGAGCAGAUGAAGAAGAACCUGGAGGCCCAGCACAAGGAGCUGGAGGAGAAGCGGCGGCAGCACGAGGAGGAGAGGAACAACUGGGAGGCCCAGCAACGCCUCCUGGAGCAGCAGAAGCUCGACUCCUCCAGGACCUUGGAAAAGAACAAGAAGAAGAAGAUCUUCUGAAGAGUGUGUGUGAGUGUGUGUGUGUGGGGCCCAGUGUGGCCACCGCCGCCUAAUGUUCUUAACCAGUUGCCAACUCUGCCAGCCUGCAUAAGUCAGUCUGUCUAGUCAACCAAAUCUACCCCCUCAUAUUUUUACCCCCCACCCCUCAUAUUACCCCAUCCCAAAUCCACCAACCCCCUGAAGGCUUUGUUUGUGUGUGUGUGUGUGUGUGUGUGUGUGAAGGCUGGACAUGACCUGAGACGAGUGUGUGUGCAAGGGCAGUGAUGGAUCCCCCUAAAUCUGUGUGUGUGUGUGUGUGUCUUUCUCCUCCUCACAGAAAAGGCCAUAUGAACGGUUAUGCCAAAAGAACACACACAUUUACACACACACACACACACAUUUACACAAAUACACAAGCACAGUCCUCAGCCCAUCUGCUCUUCUCCUGCCCCCCCCCCCCCUUCAGACAGACUCCAAAUAAAGACCCCCCCAUCCAGACAGACUCCAAAUAAAGACCUUCAGGCUGAACCUCACCUCAGGCGUUUGCUAUUGUCCGUUUAUUUUUAAUAAAUGAAACUUUUUACAUUUUUUUUAAGGUUUCUCUUUUAACAUUUCCUCCUGUUGUUAUUCUCUCUGUUGUGACCCCCCCUGUAAUUUAAAUGGCCUCUGCCACGGAGCACCCUAACCCCUUCACAACCCCUCAGCCCCCUUCAUAAGGCCUUCAUAAGCCCUCACCCCUUCACAACCCCUCAGCCCCCUUCAUAAGGCCUUCAUAAGCCCU